AUGGAUCAAGAGUACAGGGAGCAGGGUACACUUUGCCACCACCUCAGGGGCGAGGGAGUACCGAUCAUCAAGGAGGCUUGCAAGCCUUGCAACUUGAGAGAGAGAGACCUAAUUGAGGAAGCCAGUCAGGCCCGCUCUGCACAGACAGCAGUGGAGGACAAUGAGAAGAUCUUCACUGAGCUAAUCCGCUCCAUUGAGAAACGUCGCUCUGAAGUAAAGCAACUAAUCCGAGAUCAGGAAAGAGCAUCAGUAAAUCAAGCCGAAGAACGACUGGCACGAUUGGAGCUGGAGCUUGAUGAUCUGAGGUGGAGAGAUGCUGAGCUGAAGCAGCUUUCACACACAGAUGAUCAUAUUCAUUUCCUCCAGAGUUGUCCGUCUGUCUCUCUCACUGGAUCUACAGACAGCCUCACGGUCAGUGCUCAUCCCUCUUUUGAUGAUGUAGUAAAAUCUGUCUCUCAACUCAGAGACAAACUGCAGCAGUUCUGCACAGAUGAGAUAGAAAAGAUAUCUAAAAGAGUGAAAAUCGUCCAGGUCAUUGUCCCUCGUGAAUAUGCGACCAGGAAGGAGUUCCUACAAUAUAAUCAUGUGUUGACUCUGGAUCUGAACUCAGUAAACAAGCGUAUCCGUCUGUCUGAGGGAAACACAGUGAUGAGUUUCAUUGACACAUGUCUGCCGUAUCCUAAUCACCCAGACAGAUUUGAUUGGUGCAUGGCAUUGUGUAGAGAGAGUGUGACGGAACGCUGUUACUGGGAGGUGGAGUGGGCUGGUAAUGGAUCAUUAGGAGUAGAUAUAGGAGUGACAUAUAAGAGCAUCAGCAGGAAGGGAGAUGGUCCCGAAAGUGCAGUCGGACGUAAUGAUCAGUCCUGGAGUUUGUACUGCUCUCCUGACUAUUGCUCAUUUUGGCACAAAAACAUUGAGACCGUCCUUCCUGUAACCCGUGUGUCCAGUAGAGUAGGAGUGUAUGUUGAUCACAGCGCAGGAACUCUGUCCUUCUACAGCGUCUCAGACACAAUGAGCCUCAUCCACAGAGUCCAGACUACAUUCACUCAGCCGCUCUAUGCUGUGUUUGGACUGGAUAGGCAGACAGCGGUGAAACUGUCUAACCAAUUAAGUAAUUCAGACAUUCUACAGAUUGCUUUGUUAUAUCACAGGAUGAUGAUGUCAUGAGGCUUAUUUUCAAAUCAAAGAUAUCACUACUGAAAAAUGUAUAAACUCAACUAAAUAUUUU